AUGUCUACGACAAAUGGUAAUAACGAUUUACGAGUACACAUUUCAUUAUUCGAACGGGAUGCUGUUAAACUCAUUCUUGAUUUUCUUCAACAACGUGAACUUUACAUUAGUAUGCUUGAUGUCGAACGUGAAACAGGCAUAAUUAAUGGAUCGUAUUCAGAAGAUAUACUUUUCUUGCGGCAACUUAUAUUAGAUGGACAAUGGGAUGAUGUUAUUGAUUUUAUUCAACCAUUGAAAACUAUUGAUUCAUUUGAUGCGAAACAAUUUAUUUAUAUUGUUUUAAAAUAUCAAUUUCUGGAAUUAUUAUGUUUAAAAACUGAAGCACAAGUUGAAAAUGAUUUAUCAGCUGAACAAAUAGUCAAAUUUCUAAAUGAUUUACGACCAUUUGCUCCAAACGAGCAAGAAUAUAAGAAAUUAUCUUUUUUACUUACACUCAAACGUUUACAAGAUCAUACGGAUUACCGUAAUUGGAAUCCUAGUGCUGGCCGUGUGCAAUGCUUCUAUGAAGUCUUUCCGUUAGUUCAUCGAUUUCUCCAAUUAGAUAAACUAAUGACACCAAUAGCACAAGGUGAUCGUCUUAUUCAAUUGCUUAUUAAAGGUCUUCUCUACGAAUCGUGUGUUGAACAUUGCCAAGCACGUGCUACAAGCACAGAUGAAACCAUUGAUCUUACCGAUCCAAAUAGUUUAUUGUCUAAUACACGUUUAUCAGAUACUGAUGUUUCUCUUCUUUCAUGGUUACACGCGUUGCCCACGGAAACAUUUUCAUGUCCAUUCGAACAAAAAUCUUUAGCAUUAAGUAUCGAUCGAUUACAAAAACCUACUCUCGAAGCAACAUGGGCUGAACAUGUUUUAAGUACACCAUUUAAACCUCAAACAAUGUUUCCAUUUAAUGCAACACCAACAGGUAAACCACGUUCAACUGAACUAAUGUCACGUUCAUUAGCACCGCAAUAUGAUGGUUUAUCUUAUGGUCUUAUACGUUCACAAAUAUUCGGAGAUUAUAAUCGUAAUUUUGUGAAUGAUAUGAGUCGUUCAUUGGCACUAUGUAAUCUGAAAGACAAUGGAGUUAAUAAUGCAAUAACAUCAACAAUUUUACCAACAGUUGAAGAAGUUCUCUAUGAAGAAACUCCUCCACCAUUAACACCACCACGUACAUUAUCUCCAGCAGUAAAUAAAGUAUCUCCACAAAAUUCUUAUCAAUCAGAAUCACCAUUAAAACGGCAUGUAAUAAAUUCACCAACUAAAUCAACAAAUGAAAAUGAAAAUGAAAAUCGAUCAUCAACUAGUGACCCAUCAGCCGAUCGUUUACUUAAAGAAUAUCAAAAAAGUCGAGCAGAAUUUACAAAACAAUUCGAUGAACAUGAAAUUCAAAGAAACGAAAUACAAAAAAAAAUUACAGCUAAUCCAAAAAUACGUGCUAUCAACGAUAUUACAAAAUAUGAUUCGCUUGAAGAUAUAACACGUUCGCCAGCAUUUAUACCAUUAGCAACAAUUGAGGAUGUUCAAGCAAUACGAUCCGUUGAUGUUCAUCCGAGUGGAAAAUAUUUUGCUGUUGGUUCAAAUUCUAAAAUGCUUCGUGUUUGUGCUUAUCCAGAUAUAAAAAAUAUUCGUACGGAUUCGUUACCGAAUCAAGCUAAAGUUUUAUAUAAGAAAGGUAAACAUCAUUUGGGAAGUAUUUAUUGUAUGGGAUGGUCGCCAAGUGGAAAAAUUAUUGCAACUGGAUCUAAUGAUAAACUUAUUAAACUUGUUCGACUCGACAUGGAUAAACCAGAAGAUGAAUCAAAUAAUACAGAAAUCGAACUCACUCAUCAUACUGGCACAGUUCGAGAUCUUAUUUUUAUGCAUGAUAAUUCAAAAGAUGAUUCGAUUUUAUUGAGUGGUGGUGCAGGUGAUUGUAAAGUUUAUGUUACUGAUACAAGAAAAAAAAUACCCAUUAAAAGUUACAGUGGUCAUCAAGGUCAUAUCUACUCAAUAUAUACUUGGGACGCGUGCAAUUUCGUCUCAGCUAGUCAAGAUGGUACAUCACGCAUAUGGGAUAUACGUCAACCUGAGUGUGUUAAUGUUAUCGCAGCUCGUCCAUCGAACAGUCCAGUAGCAUCGGUUGCUGUUGAUAGUUCUGGACAAUUGUUAGCAGCUGGCUAUGAAGAUUCAUCAUGUUUACUUUAUGAUCUUCGUGGAAAACGUGUUGUACAAUCUUAUCAGCCACAUACAAAUGAAAUUCGUAGUGUUCGAUUUUCUAUACAUUCUUAUUAUUUACUAACGGCUUCAUAUGAUAAAAAAGUUAUCAUGACAAGUUUAAAUGGUGAUCUUACUAAACCACUUGUUUUAUCUACUGUUGCUGCACACAAUGAUAAAAUAAUUCAAGCACGAUGGCAUCCACAUGAAAUGUCAUUCAUAACGACAAGUGCUGAUCGAACAUGUAUUGUUUGGGCUCCACCACUUUCAGCUUUAUCAAUUCUCGCCCAAACACCAUGA